CGCGUGGCGCCGGUUCCCGUUGGCUGCCUCUCCCUCCGCCGCUGGGCCGGGGCGGGACGACGGAGCCUGGCCUGCCUGCCCGCCCGUCCUCCUCCUUGCCUGCCGGGCGGUCCUGGCGGUGCCGCUCGGUGGGGUCUGCAUCGCCAUGAAGGACUGCGAGUACCGGCAGAUUCCACCGGGCACCCCGGCUGCGCCGCCCUCCUCGGCGGAGCCCCCCGGGGCGGCCUCAGUUGCAGUCGCCGCCGCCGCCGCCCCGGCCGACCGCCAACGCCGCAAAUGGGAGGUCUUCCCCGGGCGCAACCGCUUCUAUUGCGGCGGUCGCCUCAUGCUGGCGCGGCACAGCGGCGUCUUCCUCCUCACGCUCGGCCUCGUCGUGGUUACCAGCGGCCUCUUCUUCGCCUUCGACUGCCCCUUCCUGGCUCGUAACUUGACCAUGGCCAUUCCUAUCAUUGCUGGCAUCCUAUUCUUUUUUGUCAUCAGCUGUUUACUGCAGACCAGCUUCAGGGACCCUGGUAUCCUGCCCAGAGCCACACCCAGUGAAGCUGCAGACCUUGAGAAGUGGAUUGACAACCUGGGCACCUCCACUUAUCGGCCGCCUGCCCGCACUAUGGAAGUUGUUAUAAACAAAUACAUGGUGAAGUUGAAAUACUGCUACACGUGCAAAAUGUUCCGUCCUCCCAGGACCUCCCAUUGCAGUGUCUGUGACAACUGUGUAGAGCGGUUUGAUCACCACUGCCCUUGGGUGGGUAACUGUGUGGGGAAGCGCAACUACCGAUACUUCUAUGCCUUCAUCCUCUCUCUCUCCUUCCUGACAGCGUUCAUCUUUGCCUGUGUUAUCACCCAUCUUACCCUACGUUCCCAGGGAAGUGACUUUAUCACUGCUUUGAAGCCAACACCAGCCAGUGUGCUGGAACUGGUGAUCUGCUUUUUUUCAGUCUGGUCUAUUUUUGGCCUCUCAGGGUUUCACACUUACUUAGUUGCCUCCAACUUGACAACCAAUGAAGAUCUCAAAGGGGCAUGGUCAAAUAAGGGAGGCGCUGAAUUUUCCAAUCCCUACAGCCAUAAAAGCGUCAUCACCAACUGCUGUGCAGUGCUCUGCGGCCCAUUCUAUCCCAGUUUAAUAGACAGAAGAGGAUUUAUCGAGGCAGAUGCUGGGACCCCAUCCACUCCUAAGAGCGAAAUCCCUUCCUUCGGAACAAAAUCUGAUGCCAGCAUGGUAUGAUCCAUCCCUUAGCAGUGAUGCCACCUAGUCCUGUGCCUAUGCCUACCUCCAGCUGGUGCCUCUCUUCCAUUUACCAUCUCCUGAGUUCCACGCAAGGCAGCUUUGUGGGGUGGAGCUUCCAGUUGCCCCUUCUCAAACCAUAUGCCACCAUCUCUUGCACUGAGAUGGAGAGAUUAAAAUUUGGGGUUUUUGAAAAGAAAUCCAAUGGGACUUACCUGGACAUUGUGGACUGCUGCAGUUAAGCCUCUAAACAGACAUUACUGAUCACUUAUAGGCAAAGGGGGUUGAUGAUGCUCAGAGAAGAGAGAGCCAUGUGGUGGGUGAAGCCAGCUUCUUGAGAACAGUCCAUUCUCUUGAAAGCCUGCUUCAGUAACCUGCUGGGCUAUCUGCACAGAUUGGUUGAGUGGAACACAGUCACUUGUAUAUGGAGCUGGUACGGAGGAGUAGAGGAGCAAUCGUACCACCUCCUGAACCGCACUUCAGGUUAUUUUUUUUAUGAUUUCUCAUCCAUGGAGGGUGGAUGUUUUAAAGUUAAUAUGCCUUUCCCUGCAGUCCUGAGUGAGCGCUGCAAAGGUUACUUGGUGCUUGUUUGAGCCAUAAAGAAGAGUGGGGCACUGUUUAAGGAUGUGGCACUUCCUGCCCUAGCUGCAAAUGUGGCUGGCAGUUCUCCUGCCUCUGCUAGUGGAGGGAAGAAAGAGUAGAGGAUUUCUAAGAAUGAU